UCUGCUAACUUAUUUCCGUUAUAUUGGAUCGUGGCGGUAGUCUUCGUUCAGUUCUUCACAGGUUUACACGUAUUUUUGAAUAAGUCUUCAACAUGAGCAAUAGCGACGUUGUAAUAAUAUCGGCGGUCAGAACACCUAUAGGAUCGUUCUGUGGUUCUUUAUCAUCAUUGAAAGCAUCAGAUCUAGGAAGUAUAGUUAUUAAAGAGAGUCUUGAAAGAGCUCAUAUUAAACCUAUGGAUGUUUCUGAAGUAAUACUAGGACAGGUAUUGACUGCAGGUCAAGGACAAAAUCCAGCAAGACAAGCAGCAAUAAAAGCUGGUCUUCCUAUAUCUGUACCUGCUUAUGUACUUAAUAUGCUAUGUGGUUCAGGUUUAAAGGCAAUCUCGAAUGGUUACUUAUCUAUAAAAGCUGGAGAGAACCAAAUAGUUGUAGCUGGUGGUCAAGAAAGUAUGAGUCAAUCUUGUCAUGUAUUACACCUUAGAAAAGGUGUAAAACUUGGAGAUUGUAAUUUGAAAGACACUUUAUUAAUCGAUGGCUUGACGGAUGCAUUUCAUGGAAUUCACAUGGGAGUAACAGCUGAAAAUGUUUCUAAAGACUACAAUGUAAGUAGAGAAGAACAGGAUGAGUAUGCAGCUAAAUCUCAACAGAAGGUAGAAGCUGCAAUUACUGCAGGCUAUUUUUCCAAGGAAAUCAUUCCUAUAACUGUACCUACUACAAAAGAACCUAUUAUUGUGGAUAAAGAUGAAUAUCCUAAAUUUGGAACAACUGUAGAAAGUCUUCAAAAAUUAAAACCUACUUUUUUGGAAGCUAAAGGUACCGUUACAGCUGGUAAUGCUUCUGGCAUCAAUGAUGGAGCAGCAGCAGUAGUUCUUAUGUCUGCGGAUAUUGCUAUACAAAAAGGACUUUCCCCAUUAGCUAAAAUUGUUGCAGUAGCUGAAGCUGGAGUGGAACCAAGUAUUAUGGGCAUAGGUCCUGUGCCAGCAGUUGAGUUAGUGUUACAAAAAGCAAAGUGGACAAAAGAAGAAGUAGAUUUAUAUGAAUUAAAUGAAGCUUUUGCAGCGCAAGCAAUAGCUUGCGUAAAAGCUCUUGGUUUAAAUCCUAACAAAGUUAAUAUAGACGGCGGAGCUAUCGCUUUAGGGCAUCCUAUUGGUGCAUCUGGUGCUAGAGUAUUAGUAACUCUAUUGCAUUCCUUAGAAAGAAUUGGUGGAAACAAAGGUGUUGCAGCUUUAUGUAUUGGUGGAGGAAUGGGAAUAGCAAUUGCUGUUCAAAGAAAAUAACAAAUACUUUAUCCAAAUAGGUAUUGCAUUUCAUUAAUACUUAAGCAUUAUUAUUUUGCAACAAAAUACUAUGUGGGUGCGUCACAUAAGACUUUUAGUAUUUUCUUGGAUUAUUAUGAUGAAAUACUGCUUUUAUUAGACAUUUAUUAAAUCAUUAAAGGUUUGUAUAUUAUUACAAAAAAUAUUAAUUAAUAUUAUUCUAAAAAAUGUACAAGGCCAUAAUAGAAAGUUGAGAACAUUCUUCUAUAAUACUAUUUAUUUUGUAUCAUUAUAAUAAGGUGUUGACUAAUAUAAUUAGAUAAAUUUACUUUGUCUAUAUUUACUUAUAUAUCAGUUAUUGGCAACUGUAUUUACAAUUUAUACAAAACAAUCAUUUUUAUGCUGAACUUGUACACUAUAGUAUGCAAUGUAGGUUUAUAUAGAAGUUAUUUUCGUAAAUGGAAAAUUUAAUUGUUAAUAAAAAUAUAACAUUAUCAAUUUAUUAA